UUCCGCUGCUGUUUCUAUCCACACAGUUGUACAUCAAUAUUUGGUCUUCUCUUAUCUCUGUCGCUCGUCGUAACAUUUUAUUGGCGCCUCAAAGUAGGAGCCUGCCAGUAGCAGAGUAUGAGGCUAUUGGGUGUCUAGUCUACUUAUCUAUGGAGCUGUGUGUAUGGUGACCCAACCAAAAGGAGCUUUAGGUACAUCCAGUAUCCAGCCUCUAAUGAAACAGAAGUAUCCGUCCGGCCGGCCCUUUUGUUUCCAGCUCAAACCCCCUCUCUCAUCCAGCCCUGUUGGUCCCGGCACAACGUUCAACAUUGGGACGUUUUAUUGAUGCUGCGGUCGGAAAGUUAUACUGUUGCCGUGGUGACCUUCCCGAGAACUUAACCGUUCCCCGCCCAGGACCCGGGUCAUCAAGGGGUCCAGAGGAACAUGUUCUAGAAGCUCCCGGUCUGUCCUCUACAGUUCUGGGCUUUGAUCGUGGAAGAUGAGCAAUGAUGAUGAGUUCUAUGAUGCCGUAACAGGCCUGGACUCAGACGAGUCCUCUGAGAGCAUGUCGGAAGCCAGCUUCAAGGAGGCCACGGCGAUGGACUACGGCAGCCAGACCAAGAAUGGCUCCAUCAGGAGGGAGAACGGCACUAAGAAGCACCGGACCGCGUUGCCGGCUCCCAUGUUCCCCAGAAACUCGGUUAGUAUCUGGGGCAUUCUGAAGAAGUGUAUUGGAUUGGAACUGUCCAAGAUCACCAUGCCUAUCGCCUUCAACGAACCUCUCAGCUUCCUGCAGAGGAUCUCAGAGUACAUGGAGCACACGUACCUGCUCAACAAAGCCUGCACACUGCCCGACUCCAUACAGCGCAUGCAGGCGGUAGCUGCCUUUGCGGUGUCAGCAGUCGCCUCUCAGUGGGACAGAACAGGGAAACCCUUUAACCCUCUCCUGGGAGAGACCUACGAACUGACCAGAGAGGACCAGGGGUACCGGCUGGUGUCGGAGCAGGUGUCCCACCACCCCCCGGUCAGUGCCUUCCACGCGGAGAGCUUGGCAGGGGACUUUGUCUUUCACGGCUCCAUCUACCCCAAGCUCAAGUUCUGGGGCAAGAGUGUGGAGGCGGAGCCCAAAGGAACGAUAACAAUGGAACUGCUCAAGUUCAACGAGGCCUACACGUGGAGCAACCCCUUCUGCUGCGUUCACAACAUCAUUCUGGGGUCCCUCUGGAUCGAACAGUACGGCACCGUGGAAAUCAUCAACCACAGCACGGGCGACAAGUGUGUGCUGAACUUCAAGCCCUGUGGGAUGUUUGGGAAGGAGCUCCAUCGGGUGGAGGGCUACAUCCAGGACAAGAGUAAACGGAAGCACUGUGUGAUCUACGGGAAGUGGACCGAGUGCAUGUGGAGUGUGGAUCCUCAAACCUUUGAGAAUCACAGGAAGAACGAGAAGAAAGGAGAGAGCAGAAAGCACAGACCGGAGGAGGAGAGGAAGGAGAACGACGACUCAGACGACAUGCCAGAGUCACAGGACACCGUCUCUGUCAUACCAGGGAGCACCUUGCUUUGGCGCAUCGCCUCCAGACCCACACACUCCACCACGAUGUACAACUUCACCAGCUUCGCCAUGUCUCUGAACGAGAUGGAGCCGGGCAUGGAGGCCACGCUGCCCCCCACGGACGGCCGCCUGCGGCCGGACAUCAGGGCCAUGGAGAACGGCUUGAUGGACGAGGCCAGUCGGGAGAAGGAGCGGCUGGAGCAGAAGCAGAGGGAGUCCAGGAAGGAGAGAGCCAAGAGCCAAGAAGAAUGGUCCACGAGGUGGUUCCAGCAGGGUAACAAUCCCUUCACCGGCUCCCCGGAUUGGCUGUACACGGGCGGGUACUUCAACAGGAGCUACGCGACUCUGCCCAACAUCUACUGAAGCUCUUCCUCCCCCCCCCCCCCCA